AUGACCUCACGCAGAAGGCUACGCCGCCGCAUGGGCUGCCCCAACUGUGGAGAUUUCGACUGGGGCCAGCUUCAGAGCAGCCCAUUCGACGUUUUCUUCAGUUACCCCGACAAAAUAGCGCAAACAGCUUCAGAAGGCUGUGCUACAUGUGGCAUCCUGCUAAGGGUAUUGCAGCAUUGCUACCCUUAUGUAUUUGAGAAUCCCGAAGAGUACAGGCUCGCUUUUCAUGGGUUUGAAGGACCGAUGCGCUGGGACCUGUUCCAUCCUGGAGAGGAUAUCCGAGCCGUUUCCAGAACGAAUAGGUUCAUUGAACUAUUCUCUCGUCGAGAUGAUUAUUGUCCCUGGGAUGAAGUUGGAGCUGCCGAUCACUUCAAGUUCGACCUCGAAAGUGCCAUCCAGCAAGCCCACAUAUGGCUAAACAGCUGUCGCAACAACCACCCUAAAUGUGCUGUUCAGUAUGCUGGAACUCUCCCAUCACGAGUCGUUCGAAUCAUGUCUCACAGCAACACCGCCGAUCCUCUCAGUCCCCCAAAGAUUAAACUCCAUGAAACAGCCAACGGAGAAACGGGACAAUACAUCACCCUGAGUCACUGCUGGGGCAAGAAUCCCAUCAUCACAACAAAGACCACCAACAUUGAUGAUUACAAGAACGAAAUUCCUUGGGCUGAACUAUCCAAGACGUUCCAAGAGGCCAUCAUCUUUGCCGGUCUAAUGGGUGUCGAAAGCAUCUGGAUUGACUCCUUGUGUAUCAUUCAGAACAGUGCCGAAGAUUGGUCGGCUGAAGCUGUCAAGAUGGCUUCAUACUAUUGCAACAGCGAGUUCACUAUCGCUGCGACAGCCUCAAGCGAUGGGGCUGGAGGUUUAUACCAUGCGACCCCUCUCGUUGAAACUGCUAUCGAAAUCGAUGGAUUUGAUCCCAAAACUCAGACCGAGUUUCAUGUGGGGGCACGCAGACCCCUCGCCCAUCUUCACGACGCCUUGGAGGAUCGCACCAAAAUCGUGGACCGGUUUCCGCUCUUGUCAAGAGGUUGGGUCUACCAGGAACGAAUACUAUCCCGACGAUUCCUCCACUUCGGACCAAGAGAGGUUCACUGGGAAUGCCAUGAAGAAGUUAAUUGCCAAUGCGGCGGCGGCAAAGCUGCCCUCAAGAUGAACCCCUCAGGAGCCGAGACUUCAAACCAAGCUCUCGCCAUCACCGAAGGAAAACUCUUGGUCGACAAGAUCAUGUUUCUCUGGCUUGAGCAGAUCGAGAACUUGACCAGUCUGAGUUUUACUCACAUCAGUGAUCAGCUUCCAGCUCUCUCCGGAAUUGCAACCUUGAUGAGACAGUCUCAGCAACCUGGGAGAUAUCUUGCUGGUCUAUGGGAGGGAGAGCUGCUCUUUUGGCUCUGCUGGGCCACUCAAGACUUUGGGCAACCCAGGACAUUGAAAGACACGCCUUCGUGGUCUUGGGCAUCUAUUCAGGGCAAGGUAUCCUAUUCCUUCAUCGAAGCGUACUUUAUGAAAGGUCCUUGGGGUUGGGCCGGUCACGAGAACAUGCUGUUUGUGAAUGAAGCUCAAGUCAGGAUGAAGCAAUGCGUUCCGAGCAAUCCAUCUCUUUCUGGCAAGCUCGAAGAGGCAGUGCUGGAGUUCUGUGGGCCAGUUGCUCCUAUUACUCUGCAUUGUAGGGAGGGUCAGGAUCCUAACGAGGAGGUUUUCGGUUUCUCCCUCGAUCCGCAAAACGCUACAUCUUCCGGCCACUCAACACCAGACAUUUGUUAUCCCUUUCAGUGGGACAUCACUAGCAGAGACCAUCUGAACAAUUUGGAUGGUAAAACGGCUCUACUGCUACACUUACUCAGUUACGAGAAGCUGGAAUCAGCUUAUGAAGGCCCAGAUUGGAUGCGCUCGUUCCUCAUAGUCAGACCCGUGGAUGGGGCGGAAACGAAGUAUGAACGAGUGGGCAUUAUGUGUACAGACGUGACAGGAGGGUUUCUACCAAGUACGGCCUGGAUCGCCUUGGGGGAAAAGCAAAAGUCGGGACAUGUCGCAGUUCGCGAUGAGUUUCUGAAACAAUUCAGAAAACUAUCUUCUCAUCGGACAGUAGACAUCAUCUAA